CAGAGGUUAAGAAAGGCCUAGUAUGUAAAUGUUAUGUUUAUGUAAUUUGGUAAUUAUCGCGGCCCGUCACUUGAAAUACAGGAAAGUACCGAAAAUGUUAUUUUCCAUCGAAAUACCUGAAAUGAGAAUUCUUACGUCGGCAGAUCAGACAGCGCAGAAUUUCAGCAAAUCUAGAAAAUUCAACUCCGUUUAAAACUGAAGAAGUCAGCUUGUUAUUAACCUUCGUAUACUUUAAGGAAACUGACGGUCGACUGAAUCUUGUGAAAUAAUAGGAAGCGAAUUGCUUACAAAUUCUGUUGAUUGUGAAGUGCACGGAGUAGAUUGUGAUCAGUAAGUAACUUUAUAAAUAUGUCCCUAAAUGGGAAUGCACCAUGAAUUACGUAAAAGUUUGUACUUCAUUAUGAAACGGCCAUUGCGACUCAAAGUAUGUAUCAAUAUAAAUGUGGCGAAAAUGCUUUUCGAAUGUUCAAGUAUCAAAUAUCUAUCAACAUGUGUUCGGGAUAUUCAUAUAUUCAUGUUUAAUGAGAUUAAUAAAUGGUUCUGUCGGUAUGAAAUCACUAAAUUUACCAACUCAACCAGUUGCGUGCUUGCUAAAAGAGCCCUGAAAUGGUCAAUGGCAGAAAUAAGGAAAAUAAUUUUUCAGUCAUAUUGCGGAUAUAGAAAAUAGGUAAUUUCAGACUUUUAAAUGGAAGAAUUAGAAUUUAUUCUGAUAUGAAAAAGGCAAGCUUUGAAAGUUAGCAAGCAAUGCUUCAUUUUUUGAUCAGUUUAUGAACAUUGUAUAUUGUAAUAAAACGUCCUUUACUAUUCUGUAAAACAACAUAAAGGUAAAGGUAAACUUUGUUUCUUUUGUUGCAUAUUACCAAUAGCUCUUGUGCAACAAACUAGGCAUACAGUAAUAAAUACUUACCUGUGCUUAUUUUUUUCCUCCUGAAACAACCCUUUAAAUGCUGAGUGCCGAGCAAGGGAGCUAUCAGUUCCAUUUUUCACGUCUUUGUGAAGCGGUCGUUGCUCAAACCCACGACCUCCCGCACACAAAGCGGACACUACUAUUGAGUUUUUUAGGCAAUUUUAUAUCUUCAUGUAUAUACAUUGUAACCUCUACCCCCAUGAAAUGCAGUGAAGAUAACAAUUUCUACAACGUUGCAUGGAAAUGGAUUUUUUAAAAAGAAACUCAUACUACUGUAUGAUCUUGUACAUUAAUAUACGCUGAACACGGUCGCAUGCAGUCUUUAUACAAAUUAUAUUAACCCUUCUACUCGGUAAAAUAAUACAUAUUUUGCUUAACAGGGACGAAUUUUCUUCACAUCCUUCAAAUAACAAAACUUAGACCGAAUUCACGCUGAAAAUGGCUACAAUGGAAGACGUGGACUACUCUAAAAAGGCUAAAGAAGCUGAGGAAAUCACUUCCAAAGGGUUGUGCAACUUCGUCCUUGGAGAAUUUAAUGCGUUUACACAAACAACAAAAAACAUUGACAAACUUAAAAUUAAAGAAAACCAUAGAAUAGGAAAGCCUGCCUAUACGAAUAUGUCCAAGGAUGCCUAUAAGAAUAUAAUGCGUGGGAAGGCAAGACAGAACCCAUUUCAGAUUUGCAAGUGUUACAUGCCAUAUAACAGGAAGUUAUUAAACUAUAUUGAAAAAGCGGAUUUCUAUACCUUGAUAAAUGUUAUAUGCGACUUUGUACCCUUCCAGGAAAGGUUGUCAGAUGUAGAACCUCUAUACUUUAAGGCUAGAGAACAAGCAGAAUAUAUUGACCGACUUGCAAUGAAAGCAUUGUUGACAGAGAAGGAACUGUUGGAUUAUGUUGACCUACUAAUUAGGCUUUUAGUCAAAGUAGAAGCUGUAGAUAAAGACACGUCGAUUUCUGACGCUAGGAAAGAUCUGGAGAAGAUGAAAAUUUCACUAGAACCUCCAGCAUACAAACGCUACACCUUUUCCAUUGAAGCCUGGAAUACCUGUAUUGACACAUUAGACAAGAAAAAAGUUUAUAUGCUUCUGGAUUCCGCACAACUCCCUGACAUGAAAACACUCAACAGAUUAUGCCAAAAUGAUGCAUUUGGAAGAAAAUCUGAUGUUGCGAUAGACGUGUGCAAGAAGAUAUGUGCUUUCAUGAAAAGUUUCAGUACUGCUAUCACCGACGUUUGGCCAUCAAGGAAAGCAGUUCCUUUACAAGAAAAUGAGAAAUUCGACAUCAAAUUUGUUGUAAUAACAGAAAAAUUGGAACAGAAAAGUAUGGAGGACUUAGAAAAGCAUAUACAAUCAUAUUACGACGUACUUCCACUUCGAGACUGCGAUCAUUUUAGUUCAGAGGAAGAAGAUGUGAUGAACUAUAAGGGUAAAGUGCUGACUGACGAAGAUCGAGAUAAAAUAAGAGCUUGUAUAAGUAAAAACGCAAACAUAUUACUACAGAAACAUACAUACCUCAGUGUUAUUUCUGGAAGCCAGUUUAGAUCCGUUGGGUACGGCAGAGGUAGCCAUGAAAUCUUAGAUACUCCGUGCAUUGUUCUGAAUGUUCACUACAAGGGCUAUAUUCCCAUUGACGAAGAGCCAUUUAGUAGUGAGUACGACGGAGUAAAGGUCGAUGUCAGAGAGGACGUCUUUAUUCUCUAUAACCAGACGGCGCAAGAAAAACAUGACAAUCUGAAAUAUGGCUGUCUCAUUAGUGGCGAAAAAGACGAAAGCGGACGUCCAGCAGGAACACUUAGUGGUUUCGCUAUUCAUCCCGAAUAUGGCCUAUGUGGACUGUCCUGCUCCCAUACCCUGCUGUCACCAUCUGAACUAAACAAAAUAAACCAACAAGGUCAAAUAGAUUGGAGUCUACCUUCGUUGCCAACGGAACAAAACAAAACUCAGAAAAACGUCUAUCAGCCAUUUAAAAACGAUGCCGUUAAAGACAAAAAUAGAAUUGGGCAAUUGGUAAAGGUAAUUUACCGAAGUGGUACUGCAGCUUCUCAAGGAAUGGAUGCGUGUGGUAUGGAUGUUGCGCUUUUUCAGUUAAGCAAGAGGUUACCAGAGUCGAGUGACUUUCCAGUUGUACAAGUGUCCGAAGAUUCGCAAGAAAAAAUACAAGCACAGUUUGAGAGUGGAGCAGUCGCAGGAUUUGCUUGGCAUGACGAAACAGCAUUAUUUUCUAAGUAUGGAGCCAUCACUGGUUACACUGUUGGAAUACCUCUUGACUCUGGUAUAUCCUGUAAACAAACUUGCACAUGGACUUAUUAUAAGAAGUCAGACAAUCCACAAGUGGAGUUCGAAUUCACAUUACACAACCAGCUAUGUUUUAUAAAGGACAAAAAUAAAAAUUGUCAUAUUAUGCCAUGGGACAGACCACAUAAAAGUAACGAAAGAUUUGCUUGGAAAGGAGAUUCGGGAUCAUUGAUGUAUCGUCAAACAACAGAUGGUAACUUAGUAUGUGUUGGAAUAAUUGAAGGUGGUAGAAAGGGAAAAAACGCAAGAUGUUAUGUUACGCCCAUUUUGCCGGUUCUUAAAGCAAUGGGCAUAACGAACUUCAAAAAUUUUGAAAGCGAGCGUAUGGGGAAGGAUGUGAAAUCGUUAGUCACAGAUAUGAAAGAAAUGAAAGAAGAGAUGGCAGAGUUAAAGAGCACAGUUAAAACAUUAGAUGAAGAUGUGAAAAAGAUGAAAAAAGAGAUGACGGAUAUAAAUAGCACAAUGGCAAAAGGCUUUGCAGAUGUUUUAGAAAAGUUUAACCAAAAGGAAAUGUCUAACAUUUCACUUGAGGAAUCAGAACCGAAUGCUUGAAUACACUCCGCAUCCAUAUGAUUGUUUUCAUUUUGCUUUCUCUCACUGGACAUGCAUUUCAUGAUUUUGAAAUUUUAAGAUAAAUUAAAAGUGACCCAUUUGUUAGUUGUAAUCUUCAUUUUGGAUUCAAACAAAAAUCAGAAUUCACCACAUUGAAACUAGAUACUAGAAAAUGCAUAUAAUUGUGUAUUUUAAUCAUAAACAGAAUUUCAGGUCUAUGAUUAGAACUUUACAUGGAAGUCUUAUGUCGAUUUCACAAUUUCCAUACCGAUAAAUUCUCAUGUUGACCUCACUAAAAGGCAAAAUGUGGAUGUUUUUCCCCAGAUAAAGAUAGUAUUACCUAUUUUUGAAUAUCGUAUCAUCUUUAAAUACUUAAGAUUUAAUUAGAAGCAUUGCAAAUCAAACAUUUGGAACCACAAUUUGCUGAAAAAUCUUGAAAAAAAAAUGUCCAUUUGCUUACAAAGUGUCCUUGUCCUUUGAAUAUACUGAUAAGGUUUCGUUUUCCCGUAUGUUUAUGUUUUAAUGACAUUCAUUUUAGUUCUUUCAUUUGAUGAGAAAGGUUUUGCAUAUUUUGGGAAAUGUCAUUGUUUUCGUGCUUGUCUAUAAAUAUGGGCUAAUCAGUUAUAUCUUUGCUCUUAUAGUUUACACUCGGGAUUUAUCACUUCUUCUUGAAUUGGAAAUUAUAGCAUGGAAAUUUAGAGCCAGUUUUAGGAAUCUUGGACUUUAUUUUCAUUGGAGAAAUAAGUUAGAACUUUGGAGUUUUAUUAUAACUUUAUUAUUUACAGAAUACAUUAAAUAUCAAGUGAAUUUUAUUUGGAACAGAGUGACACAUGCAGACUGUGGAAUAUUCUGACAAUGUUCAAUACAUAUUUUUAACUUAAGGAAAUUGCCGAUUGAUGUAUAUAAUUUUAAUCUUCUAUUGCUAUAUAAUUUUAUUGAUAUGCAUAUAUUAACAAUUAGUAGAUAUGAAUAUGUGUUAUGAGUGGAAGAUUUAAUAGAAUCUGAAUUUAGAAUAGAAAUCUGGAUUUAUUCUUAAGUGUUCAUUUCAUUUAACAUGAUGACUGUUCUUAUGUAUAAUCAAAAGCUGUGUGAUGAUUAUUAAACUAUUGUUACAGCACCUAGACAUAUCUCGAGCACAUGACAUCUUAUUUCGUGAGCACGAUAUCUUAUGUUUGAUUUUCAGAAUGACCGACAUCACUGAGAUAUUAUUUCAAGAAAAAAAAGAUUACUUAUAAAACCACUUUCUGUGUAAUUUCAAAGUCUUUAGAUGUCGUGCGCACGAGAUAAUAUCGUUCGCUCGAGAUAAGAUGUCGACGUGUACACGAGUAAAUUUAAUCAUAAAAAAUGCAUGUCCUAAAUAUAUAAACGAUAUAUCUUUUGAAAUUAAUUACAAAAUAAUAUUUUGGUGUAGUGCGUUAAAAUGAAAUGACCUAUGGUGAGCUGAUACAUUUCUAAAACCAUGGGCGUGUAAAUUGGCGCUUUUUAAUUUAGAAAUAUGCAGUUCAGCAUGUGGCCGUUAAAAUCAGAUGGGCGAUGUUAUUUUAAGACAUAUACCAAUACGACUUGCCUGUAUCUAAAAUGCAUUUCUCUCUUUCUGUUCUGGGGGCUUUAUCUAACUCUGUCCCUCUGGCCAGAUCGCUCUGUGUCUGUACUGGUAGAGGAUGAAUUUCGCACCCUGUGUGGCUGCGUUAGCUAUACGUAAUCAUGAAAAGGGCGCUAUAAAAAUCUGGUAUAAUAAUAAUGAUAAAAUUAUUCGCCAAUUUCGGGAAUAAUUCGGCAUUUACUGGCAUAAAAUAUUUGAAUAUCCAGGUGCGUAUCAACCGAAGGGUGCUGAUUAAAGCACCUUAUUUUGAAAAAAAGAGAACUUUUAUGACAAAUACUAUGUCUUUCUUUAAAUAAUACUUUAAAAAAAUGUUUCUGUACCUUUUGUUUAAAAAGAAUGUUAUUAUACUGGAAUGAUAAGAACUUAAAAAUUCAGGGGCGAAUAAUAUUGAGUGAUUACACAUUAGAAUCACACGGUUUAGGGUAUAAAUUUUAUAUGCUUGCAUGCCGGACAGGAUUUUCCCGUGCUUUUCCGAUGUUAGAAAAACUCAUCUUACACCCAGGUGUGUAAGAUAACUCACGUGCUAUAAUUUUUUAAUGCCCAACUAGCUUAAAAUCGUAUGCCAGUGUCGUAGGGUAAAAUAACGGUACAUCUCUUUAAAGUUUUGGUCAUUUUAUUUAAAUGCUUAUACAAAAUGGUACUUUUUAUUUUGUAUGUUAAAUGUCGGGACGCCAUUUUCGAAGCAGGGGGAGUAUGUCGUAGGGUAAAAUAACGGUAAAUGUAAAUAUCUUUAAAGUUUUGGUUAUUUUAUUUAAAUGCUUAUACAAAAUGGUACUUUUCAUUUCGUAUGUUAAAUGUCGGAAACGCCAUUUUCGAAGCAGGGCGAGUAUGUCGUAGGGUAAAAUAACGGUACAUGUAAAUCUCUUUAAAGUUUUGGUUAUUUUAUUUCAUUUUCCCUUUUUUGUCCCGUCUGGUGUUCCAUACUUUUUAACAAAAUAUUCCAAUACUUACGAAUGGCCAAAGGAAAAUAAAUCAUGACCUCCUGUACUAAUCUUCCACAUAUUUUGGCAUGUGACUUACUUUAACCAAUCACGAUCUGGUCACUUCAAAGGUCAAUCUUUUGAAACAUAUAUAUUUUCAUACUCUGCAAAAUAAGCCAAGUAUCUUUGGAUAUAUUACAUAUAUAAUCAGGUAAAUACCAAUUUUGUACUUUGCAAUUAUAUUUCUUGUUGUGUCUAAAAUAUUGUAUUGAUAUGUAAUGUAUUUAAUACAUUAUUACGAGUUUAAAUUUACUGUGUCGAAAGCGGUCAGUUACGCGCCACCAUAUCUUUUAUAACACUCUUUUGUUUACAUUUUUGACAGCUGUCAUCUGUCAAAUGACGUUUCACUAUUUCUCGCUUAUGUUUACUAUUUGUUGUUUUAUAUUUUCAGAAUUACUUCUUGGUAGUAAAACAACAUCAUGUUAUUAUCACCAAUAAACCCAUUAUUGAACUAAAUAAAUGUUUUUGUCAUCCGACCCACCCUCAAUGAAAUUGCCACAUCAUGUAGCCAAGUCGACUAUAUUACUGUAUAUAUUCAGGAACUGAGAUAGUUGA